CGUGGACCCUCCCGGUUCCGGUGCGGUUGAGGCCCGGGGUGGUGAACGAGUCUCCGACACCAUGUCUGGUUUGUCUGGCUUGCUAUCCCAGCGUGGCCCUUGCCCGUUGGCGUUGCUACUUUUGCUCCUGGUCGGCCCCAGUUCGGUCCUCGCCAUCUCUUUCCAUCUCCCUGUUAACUCCCGCAAGUGCCUCCGCGAGGAAAUCCACAAGGACCUGCUAGUGACGGGAGCGUACGAGAUAAACGAUCAGUCUGGGGGCGCAGGCGGCCUGCGCACCCACCUCAAGAUCACAGAUUCUGCUGGCCAUAUUCUGUACUCCAAGGAAGAUGCGACUAAGGGGAAAUUUGCCUUUACCACUGAAGAUUAUGAUAUGUUUGAAGUAUGUUUUGAGAGCAAGGGAACAGGGCGGAUACCUGACCAACUCGUGACCCUAGACAUGAAGCAUGGAGUAGAGGCAAAAAAUUAUGAGGAGAUUGCAAAGGUUGAGAAGCUCAAACCUUUAGAAGUAGAGCUGCGACGCUUAGAGGACCUUUCAGAAUCCAUUGUUAAUGAUUUUGCCUACAUGAAGAAGCGAGAGGAAGAAAUGCGUGAUACCAAUGAGUCAACAAAUACUCGGGUCCUGUACUUCAGCAUCUUUUCAAUGUUCUGCCUCAUUGGAUUAGCCACUUGGCAGGUCUUCUACCUGCGUCGCUUCUUCAAGGCCAAGAAGUUGAUUGAGUAAUGAGGUGCAUUCCCCCUCCUACCUUGUAUCUCAGCCAGCAGGACAUCGCUGGGAUGUGCCUAGCUUAUGGCAUCCUACCAACAGCACCAUCAAGGCACCUUGGAGCUUUCUUACAGAACUGAUUUCUUUCAGGGUGGGGGGACAUGGGGUACCACCUAGACCCAACAAAGCCAGUGUGGGACUUCUUUUUAACUUGGUAGAAUUUGGACUGGUUUUACAAAAUUAGACUAUUACUAGGGUCACCCGUAACAACAACAGAAAAAUAGGGGUUACUUAGAUAAUGCCAAAGCCAGCAUUUGUACUGGGUUUCCUUGUGUGAUAUGUUUGAACCAUGUGUUCUUCUCUCACUUGCCCACCAGCUUGGGCUUCCACUCUAGUCCUUUUACAAAGAUUUGUAUGACCAUGUUGAACUUGUUUCAUUCUGAUUCUCUUUUUUGGGUUUCUUUGUGAAAGCAUCCUUAACUUUCUCUGACCCUGAGCUGAAAUGUUUAGGUAACUUCUUGUGAUAUACUUUCAUAAUUUUUGUCUCCUAAAAGGGUAAAGGGUGUGACAUCUCAUAGAAGUGAGCUUUGAACCGUAGAUAACUAAAAGAAAAUUUCAUUUUGUUUAGAGAAUUAAAAUAUUUGUGCUCAACUGCCUGAACUUUUCUUUUGUGUGUGUAUUCAAUUCUGUGCAUUUUUAUCACAUGUAGAUUUGUGUGACUACCACCACAAGAUACAAAACAGUUAUAUCACAUGGCUACCCUUUAUAGCUUAGCCACCUCCCUUUCCCCCACACUCCCAGCCACUGGCAGCCAAUAAUCUGUUCUCCAUCUCUAUAAUUUUGUCAUUUCAAGAAUGUUAUACAAAUGGAAUCAUACAGUAUGUAAUAUUUUGAAAUUUUUUUUCCACUCAGCAUAAUUCUUUUGUGAACCAUCUAAGUUGUUGCAUGUAUCAAUAGUUUGUUCCUUAUUAUUGCUAAGUAGUAUUCCAUGGUAUAGAUGUAUUACAGUUUGUUUAACCAUUCAUUGUUGAGGGACGUCUUGGAUUGUUUUCAGAUUUUGGCCAUUAUGAAUAAAGCUGCUGUAAACACUCAUGUACAGGUUUUUAUGUGAACAUAAAUUUUCUUUUCUCUGGGAUAAAUGCCUAAGAGGGCAAUUGCUGGGUUGUAGAUAAGCACAUGUUUAUUUUUGUAAGAAAUUGUCCUACUCUUUUCCAGUGUGGCUGUACCAUUUUACAUUCCCAUCAGCAGUAUAUGAGUGAUCUGGUUUCUCCGCAUCCUUGCCUGCAUUUGGUAUUACUAUUUUUUAGUUUAGCCAUUCUGACAGGUGUGUGCAAUGAUAGCUCAUUAUGGUUUUAAUUUGUAUUUCCUUAACGGCUAAGGAAUAUUUUCAUGUGCUUAUUUGCCAUCUGUAUAUCCUCUUCAGUGAAAUGUCUGUUCAUGUCUUUUGCCCAUUUUCUAAUUGGAUUGUUUGUUCUUUUUAAUGUUGAGUUUUGAAAGUUCCUUAUAUGUCCUAGAUAUAGUCUUUUGUCAGAUAGGUUGUUGCUUAAAUUUUUAAUACAAGCAAGGAAAAAAUAAGUAAAAUUUACCAACUCUUCAUGCAUAGGCAGUUACUGACUUAAUCCCUGUCCUUAUGUGCUAUCUCUAGAGAAUUAAGACAUAUGAGGUAUAAAAUAGCACAUCUGGGAAGAUCAGAAAUACAGUAAAUACUUGAAAAUAUAUAUUGUGGAAGCAAAACCAAGAAUCACUCUGAGAAUGAAUAUAAGGAAAUUAGAGGCCAAUAUUAAUGUAAGAGAAUGUGUGGAUACAAAUGACUGUGUUUAUAAACAGUUAUGAAAAAUACUAUCACUUGAAAUUUGUUCUUCUCCCAGAUAAUGGGUAAGACUUGUUCUUUCUGUAAUCUAUUUUUAAUAUAAUUUUUUUAUUAGAGAAGUUGUAGAUUUGCAGAAAAUAUAGUUCCUAUAUCCUCCCUCCCCCAUUAACACCUUACAUUAGCAUUGUACCUUUGUUACAGUUGAUAAAAGAAGAUUAUUACAAUUGUGCUAUCUGUAAUCUCUUUUUAACCUUGCUGAUUCUUACAGGGUUUGUCUAAUCGCAGGGGCAAGAAUUACAAGGCUUAGGUUCUUGCAGCUUGCUUGCAGUUAAGAAGCAGUAUAUUGGAAUUAACAGAGAACACUGCUAUGAUGGCCUGGAUAAAGUACAAAGGUAGAAGUGGGAGUGAGUUAUGUUGUUAAAAUCUCAGGCUGUUCUAAUAUUCCAGCUACCAUGAACCCAGAAGCCUUGUUUUUCUUUUGACUCCCUUUAUGAGUUCCUCGUGUGGCAUAAAAGUGGUUCUCUUGUUAACUUGUACAACAUUGCCAUCUGCUGUUAAGAAUUGAUAGAUACAGCUUCUUAGAACUUGGGAAUAGAAUCCUUGCCAUAGGACAGCAGAUACUGAGAAAGUCUUAUCUGUCACUUACUAAAUGACAGAGGAUACAUCCAAGUAGGAAAAAGAGUGAACAUAUUUGUGGAUUAAGAUCCAUCCUUAGAUGUUUAGAGAUGAAAGUCUAUCCUGUACCAUUAGCCUAAUGAGAUACUCUGUUAUUUCUGACUGAUACCUUUCCCCUUUUUUAGGAGCAAUGAAUGCUAUUCAGGUGGCGGUGGUCUUCUGUUCUGACAAAAUGUCAAAGAUAGGAGAGGAGAAGAUUUUAUUUUAUUGAUGUUUUUGUUCCCAAAUGUGACUCUGAACUUGAGCUUUGUGAAACUAAAAUUCUUUCAUGUCCUUCCCUUUUACUCAUGCCAGAACGUGAGCAUUUUGUGCUUUUGUUUUAAAGCUAAUUGACAUUAUAUCUUGAUUUUAUCUAAAAAAUAGAAUUGUUUGCCUAGAAAAGCAAGAGUAAAUCAUUUUUUAAAAUGGAGAUGUUAUCUGCUUUCUUCCGUUUUUAAGCAUAUUAUUCAACAUGGCCUAUAUAAAAUAAAUGAGAAUGAUACAGUUUAAGUAAGCUUUGUUAUACCAUAUCCCCUUGUCAAAAAACCAUUUUUCUGUUUAAUUGGAAAGAGGCAUGUGUGAUUUAUUAUACAGAUUGACUUGUAAGUAUUGGAUUGGAGGUUUUUCUGUAAAUUUUCUCAAAUAAAGGCCUGUGGAAACCA